AGCGGGCGGCGGAGGAGGGGGAGGUGGUGGCGGCUGCAGCAUCCAGUGCUGGCCGCGGCGGCCGGCGCUCCCCGUGCACAAAGGCGCCCAACCCCUGGGGAGGGCGAUGAGCGCACCGCAGCCCCGGCCCGGGCCCCAGCUGCAGCCACCGCUGCCUGCGCUAAUGGCGCGGGGGAAGACACCGGGCGUGCCAAGGGUCGGCGGCCGAGGCGCGGCCCGCGAGCCCUGAGCUCUGGACUAGCUGCCCUCGGUGUCGGGAGUGGAGCCUCGAAACGGCUACAGCAAGGGCCUCUGCGCGUCCCGGGGAUCCGCGCAGGAGGGUGCUUCCCCACUCCUACCCAACCUCUCGCACCUUCCCGCUGCUCCCAAGCGCCAACUUCCCCAAGAACGCUCCAACUCCAGGCCACCCUGCCGGGCAGAGGGGGCGCUGCUGCUGGGCACCAGCCGUGAGGACGAACCCCCUGGCUUCAGGCAGCGAGCCUGCAUCUUCUGGGUAGAUCGGGCGCCCCUGAGUGGGCGGAGGCGGCAGACGCCUCUCCCCAGAGUCCAGGACCUGCCAGUGCUGGAGAUUCCUCCUGGGCAGGCGCUCGCCCUUUCUUUUAUGGAGCUUGGGUCCCUGCCCCAGCCCCGUAGAGGCUGUGGAGGCACACCGUCCGGAAGCCUGGUUCCCAGGCCCCUGGCCCAUUCCCGACUGCAGGGAGUGGCGCUUCCCACGAGGUAGCGGUGGCCUGCAGCAGCGGCCCCCUCCUGGCAGUGAACCAUGGGCCAGAAGCUCUCGGGGAGCCUCAAGUCGGUGGAGGUUCGAGAGCCUGCGCUACGGCCGGCCAAGCGGGAGCUGCGGGGCACAGAGCCGGGGCGGCCGGCGCGGCUGGACCAGCUGCUGGACAUGCCUGCGGCGGGGCUGGCUGUGCAGCUGCGGCACGCCUGGAACCCCGAGGACCGAUCGCUCAAUGUCUUCGUCAAGGAUGAUGACCGGCUCACCUUCCACCGGCACCCAGUGGCCCAGAGCACUGACGGCAUCCGCGGCAAAGUGGGCCACGCCCGCGGCCUACACGCCUGGCAGAUCCACUGGCCGGCUCGACAGCGGGGCACCCACGCGGUCGUGGGCGUGGCCACGGCUCGGGCACCCCUGCACUCUGUCGGCUACACAGCGCUGGUGGGCAGUGAUGCCGAGUCAUGGGGCUGGGACCUGGGCCGCAGUCGCCUCUACCAUGAUGGCAAGAACCGGCCCGGAGUGGCCUACCCAGCCUUCCUGGGGCCUGAUGAGGCCUUCGCACUGCCAGACUCCCUGCUUGUGGUGCUGGACAUGGACGAGGGGACGCUUAGCUUCGUUGUAGACGGCCAAUACCUAGGCGUGGCCUUUCGUGGUCUCAAGGGCAAGAAGCUGUACCCGGUGGUGAGUGCUGUGUGGGGCCACUGUGAAGUCACCAUGCGCUACAUCAACGGCCUUGACCCCGAGCCCCUGCCGCUGAUGGACCUGUGCCGGAGAUCCAUCCGCUUGGCCCUGGGCCGCCAGCGCCUGCGGGACAUCGGCACCCUGCCUCUGCCUCAGUCUCUCAAAAACUAUCUGCAGUACCAGUGACCUGAGUUGGGGGGUGCUGAUGGGCAGCAGUGGGCACUCCGCCGGCCCCGUCUGUCAUUUCAAGGUCACAGAGAACUUUCAGGAACGCAUCUUCCUCCACAACCUGGUUCCCCAGAACUUUCAGUUCUUUGAAAGGCCAGGACACGUUCCCGACUUCAAAAAUGAAUGUCUGUUGCCAACAGUAUUUGCCGCCUUAGAAGCAGCUCUCCCGAGUCUCCACACCUCCUUGGAAGCCACGAAGAACCCCAGGGCCUCUGCCUGCCGGCCAAGGCUCAGCAGCCACCGUUAUUGAUCAGAGAUCCUGUUUCCAUAUUCAAGAGAAUGAAUAAAACAUUGGGGCAGGAGACUUUCUGUUGUGUGCCUGCUGCAGACGGGGCCGGCGGCGGGUGGGGGGGCAGGGGAGAAAAUUGCUUCUGAAUAAUGAAUGGUGAAAACAGUUUGCUGCAUCCCCUCCCAUACCCCACCCCUUGUCGGGGCAGCCCGAUUGUCGUGAUACUUUAGGACUGUGCCCUUUGAACUGACAAGUGGACAGAACAGUGUUUGGAUGCCAUCCAGCUUACCUCUUUGAAAGUCGUUUACUUACCCUUGUCACAGUCCUCCUUCCCCACCCUGACCCACUGUUGGCCCCAGGCACCUCUAUUCAGGGAAGCUGAGUCUCACUAAUUCAUCCCAGGGACAGAGUGUUUCUUUUAUUAUUAUUUUAAGUAGCAGUUGCAUUUUAGAAGAAGAGUGUGGUGAGUGAGGGCAGUACUUAGUCCAAAGGUGCUAAUGGGGGGAUUGGGGGCCUUGGGACACCCUAGUGGCUGAUGCCUAAGGAGCCCUCCUGGGUGCUGAGGGUCUCUAGGCAACCAGCCAUACAGGGUGCAGCCUGGUGGCCACAAAGCUUUAUUUGAGCGAAUUAUUUUUUCACUUUAGGAGACUUGUACUAGUUUCUGUUUGACAUGUGUGUGUGAUGUGCUGUUUAUUUAUCAGCUUGGGGCCCUGGCAGGGGGGCAGGCAGCCUUGUCGCUGGAGGGUGGUUGUGGGAGGCACCUUCCCCUCCGCUCAGAGCCUGGUCCUUUCCUGGGAACGCUGCCGCCACCGCCGCCACCGCCGUCACCACCGUCACCACCGCUGGGCAUCUCCCGUGUGUUUCCAACACUCUCUGCCCAGUCUCAUUUUUAACUGGAAACUGUCACAGCAGUGGAAUCCCAGAGCCCCAGACGGCACUGCCUCCCCCUACUUUAAUGUGAACUUGACUGAUGAAUGAGGAGCGUUUCUAAUAAAGUUUGUCAUUCAGUCCUUCA